UUCCCUUUAUUCACUUUUAGGCUUUCAAGGGAACAACUAUAUUUUGGAGUAUUGCCGAGAGAAGUUUGUCUGGUCCUGGUGAAACUCUCGUGUAUGCCCACGACGUUGACAGACGAUAGUGUGAGUUGUUCCCGGCCGGUGAAGUGCAACCAAGUGGACCCCCAAGAUAUUUUUGAUCUGGCCUCUUUGCUCUGCACCUCCAUGAGAUAUUAAAUCUCUUUACAUAAUGGAAGAAACUAGUGCUUUGACUUCACGUUUCACAAGAGAGGAAUCUUUUGAGGAAAAGAAGGGCCUGGCAGAAGAAAAAUGCACCGGACAAGAUGACAACAAUGACAUGGUAACUGCCGAUUCUAACAACGAAGAGGAAACUAAGGACGACAACUUAAGAUCUCUUAAAAACAGUCAUCUUGAGGGGAUAAGUCCACAGACAGGACCAAUUGAGGAUGAGAAGGGUUUUGAUCAACGUGAAAAUGCAUCGAAACAAUUUAAUGAGGUUCUAGCUGUCAACCGCUUACAAACAGCACUUGGCUUAAGAAAAGGAACAGAAAAAGAGGAAGUCAAAAUUAAGAGCACACCCUCUAGUGUAGUAGCCUCUUCAAAAACCGAAGUGGUCGCUGACACAAGUUCUUCUGAGAUACCAACCCGGUUCGAAAGUGAUAGUCUUGAGGGAAGGUACAUUAUGAAGCUUGAAAGAAGAUUAGCGUACCUUGAAAACUUGAUACCUCAGUGCACACGUCAUGAAGAAGAUGCAAUAUUCAAGCAAAAGUUGCAGGAGAAAAUCCACAAGCUCGAAUUGCAAUUAGAGGAAGAAGAAAUCUUCAAACAAAAAUUGCAGAAGGAGAUAGAUCAGCUUGCAUCACAACUACAAGAAAGGGAUCAUUACAGACAGAAAGAUCAGAAGACCACUAGGCAAGCUGGAAAAAUGGCCCAACUUCGGAAGACGCCAGAAAACGAAAUGACCCAGUGCCACUCACAGUUGAAAGGUAAGGGUGAAAUUAAGGCGGUGGACGAGGAUCAUUUGCAGGACCACGCGCAGUUAAAAGAAGCAGAUAGCGGUGGCGAGAAAACGGAGAAGAAGGUAGCCAAGGACAGUUAUUCAUAUUCGAAAGAAUCGUGUUGUAGUAAAGAGAGGGUGGAGGUAACGGCUGCCGAGCUCCAGCAGGUAAAAGAAGUGCAUCGUCUAAAAGAGAACAUAGACACAGAGAGAAAAACCGAUAGACGUUUUGAGACAAUAGAGAGGAAGGUAGGCGAGCUCGCUUUACAGUUGGACGAGCUGAAUUUUCGUCAAGAGGAGAGAGAGAAGACAAUGGCCCAGCUCCAUUCAAAGGUAAAAGAAAAAGAUUAUCCAAAGGAGAACAUAGAGCGAGAAAUGCCAAGCGCAAAGGAACUGUUAAAAGAAAUUGAUAAACGUGUCGAGGGAAACGAGAUGAAGGUGGCCGAAUACGCUUUACAGUUGGAUAAGAUGAGUUCUCGUAUGGAGGAGAUAGAGAAAACGAAUGACCAGUUCCAUUCACAGAUGGUAAAGGAAACGAAUCAUCAACUGGAGAAGAUGGAGAAGGAAAUACGGGAUUUAAAAGAGCUGAUGAAAGGAAUUUGUCAACGCACCGAGAAAGUUGAAAAGAAACAGGCCGACCAAGGUUCCCGACUGAAACACAUGGGCUCUCGCGAAGAGCGGAUGGAGACGGCAAUUGAUCAGUUCCAUUUGAAGUUGGAAGAAUUGCGAAGAUUCCUGGAGGAAAAAAUGAAGAAUGAAAUGCGAGAUGUAGUUGAUGAAGUCAAGAACCAACGCGUAGUCCUCUCCACUCAUGAAGAAAAUAUAUUGCUUCUUCGUCGUGCUCUUGGUGACCUAAAUCAUAUGUUUCAACGUGGUUUGAACCAUUUAAAAAGGCGAGUUGAUACCUUUCUCGUGAGUAAUGGUCCAGCAGUACCCGAUGGGCUUGGAUAAGUCCAUCUUGUAAUGUGUUAGCAUACCUGCCCAGAGAGUACGCGUGAUCACACUUUUCUGCUCAAGAACCCUAAAAUUUUGCUCAGUAGUUGAAGAAAGCCUGAGAUUUACCUCAAUAAGACUCUGAAAAUUUUUCACAGGAUAUGCUUCAGGAAUUAUUAGCCACAUUUGUUUUGUAUUGGGCAAUCAGUUGUUCUUAUAGCUGUCAUGUAUAACAUUACAUAUAAUGAUUUUCUGUUACUCUGCUUAGGUCACGCUCGAAAAUCUCCAAUUCUUUGAGUUAAUCUAGGUCAAGCACAGUAUGCCUGUGGUAUUUCAUCUUUGUGGACUCUUUACUGUUCUGACGAUUGGCACGCAUACGUUCCUUGUUUGGUAAUGAACAUGUUUAAUUGCGGUUGUUGGCCUAGUGCCUUUUGUGUGUAUAUCAGCGGGCCAAAACUUUCCUAGAAUAUAUACUUGUAUUCUAUGUGAAAAAUGACAAGGAAAAUUUUUUCCUUUAAAAAAAAAAAAAAAAAUAGUUAGUCACCGAUUAAUUGCCCAACAUAUGGAUAGAGCAAAGACUGAUCUUCAACCAAAAAAAUCUGCAGCAAUAUUUUGUAGUCGUUUUGAUUUUGUUAAGUAUAGCUAAGCUAAGUCUGAACAAAGUAGUGUUUUGAUGACUAGAACUAGAAAAGUCAACUGUUGGCUGGAAAAAGUUCAAUAUAUUUGGUGAGAUUCCUCUGUCUUAUAUUAUAGUUACACCAGGCUACGCCUGUGUGAAAUAGUCUUUUUUCUACCAGUUCUUAGGAUGAUAUAAUGUAUUCGCUUUUAGCUUUUGUAGAGUGCAACCAGGCUAACCUUAAAUGAAAUAGUGUUUCGUACAAUGAUUUUUACCAAUGGUAGCAAAUAAGUGACUUUCAAACGUAUGUCAGUGUUAUAAUACGUUUCACUGUCCACCAGCUAGUGUUGAGUUCUUAUAUGAUACUCUCUUUUAAUCUGAAAAUUAGAUUAAGGUCUCGCGGUUUUGAUAUUCUUAGAAUGGUGCGGAAACUAGCUAGCUGGUAAUGUGUUCAGGAAACUAUACUUUUGAAUCUUGAACGAAACGUAGUAAAGUGUAUCGUGUAUCUUGAACGAGACUUGGUAAAGUGUAUCGUACAUUUGAAAUACUUCCAGUUUUUUGAUAUCUUGAAGUUUCCAAAGUCUCAUUUUGAACUAGCAAACAGUCGGCUGAAGAUUUCAGGGUAACGACUACUGCCUUAUUUUUACGAAACGGGUCCAAUUUGAAACUCGGCACUGAUAAUUUCAGCGGACACUGAU